AUGGCGACCGCCAGUGGUCCAGUUGAAGUCGACGCUGUGUUUAUCAAGGCAUUGAAGCUUUUGCAUUCUCGACACCCUGACUCUUUAGACCAACUUCGUGCACUUCGAGAUGAUGUCAUUAGACAGCACAACCAACAAGUUCCUGUCACGAAAACUCCCAAGGUACGGUAACAUUGCUUUUUGCUUGUUGAUAGUUGGGACAGAUCAGAUUUUCAAUCCCAAAAUUAAGGUAAGAAAUGGGUAUGUUGUGGUUCAAUUUUAUCCUUGGUUUAAAUUUUAUUUUCUUUUGUUUUUGGGUUUUUACUAUGGUGAUAUAUGAUAAUGAGUUUUAAACAAAAGAAAACCACAACAGAUAUAGCUCUAGAACCACAGGGGAUUAACAAUGGAGACAUGUUCUGUAGUCUGAAAAUAAAUCGUAUUUUUCUCCUAGGAAAAAACAAAGGAAAAGAAACUGGGGAUUAAUUCUGACAGGAGGCCAAGUGCCAUAGUGUCAACAGCUGAAGUAAAAGUUAAAUUAGCAGAGAAAAAGCAUGAUGCUGAUGCCAUGCAGAUCAUCUCUGGUCAGGCUGAUCAAAACCGAACUGUUGCAGUGGAGGAGUCUAAUGUUGAAACACUGGAGAUUGGUUCUAGCAUGAUAGAAACAGUUGAACUUAGCUCAAGCUCCUUCAUGGACCACAGUUCAGCAAAGAAAGCCAAACUACAUUUUGAUGUGGAGGAUGUUUUGAAUGAAGGUGACUUGGACUCCCAUAGUGCAUUGCAGCCCGUGGUAGAUGACUUGAUGAUUGACCUGGGAUCUGUCUGCAGUAUUUGCUAUAGGUGAGCAGUGGUAUUUUAAAGUAAUGGUCUGGGUAAGAAGGGAAGCAAUUUCUUUUGUUAUGGCACAAUACACUUUCCUCACGUAGGAAUGUUUUCAUUUUCACAUAUAGAAUGCAUGAACCUUCAAAAAGGAAGUCUACGAAAUAAAAUAUAUUUUGACUCUAUUUGUUAAAAGAUUUCGACCAAGCAUUAGACUUGCAAGCAAUAGCCAAGAAAAGUUUACAAUUUGAAAUGUUCUUCACAUAGGAUUUCUGUGUUACUUAGACUCAGAUGAGAUUUUGUUAUAAGGAAGUUGGUUAGAAAACAAGGGAUUAAUAUACAUGCUGCUUUGCGGAGAUUUCGUAAAAUUUGAUGUUUUAACCAAUCAGAAGUGUAAUAGAGACAAUAGUAAGGUUGUCACCUUUUUUGCAUUCCGACAUGUUCAUUGCGUUUGGCUCUUUCCUUCUUAUCUGGACCAUUACUUAAACAUAUUUGAAAUUGGUGUCAGAGCAAGCUCUUCCCAGUCAAAUCCCUAUAAUCAGAGCCUCUCCAAAAUAACCACCUCCCACAAGCAACCACAACCACUGUUUGGCCUGAUGGUUUUAUUAUUUUCUGUUGUUUUGAACCUCUUGUAAGCAACCACUAAGUGGUUGCAUGAUGCAUGAUGUGGUCUCUGUUCAUUGUAUAUACUAUGCCACUCAAACUAUAACAAAAUAAAAUCUUUCAGUGACAACAUAGAACCAUACUUAUAGGUAACUUCAAAAUUGCAUGCAAUAAAUACAGUCAAACUGGGAAAACCGUGAACACCAGAAAUAUUUCUGGAAUGUUAUCGUGGUGCAAGAAAAAAGCCAAUCAGGCAUGAGAAAACUAAACUGCAAGCAAGAACAUGAAUUAGUUCGUGGUUUUGUGGCUUGCUUGCAUGUCUUGAUCUUUGCUGUGAUUGGUCGUAACACAACAGACAUUCCUGAAAUAUUUCAAGUAUUCAAGGUUUUCUCAGUUGCACUGUAAUAAUAAUAAUAAUAAUGAAAAUGAUCCAAAAAUUUACAGCAUGUAAAUAUCUAUGUAAAUAUAAUCUAUUGUGUGAUAAAAAUGUAUUAUUGACUUAUAAAAUAGUGUAAAGGUCAAGUAAUACGGGCAACAUUUUCGCACAACUUGUCGCGCAACAUUGUUGCGUUGCAAGUUGAAAAGCGUUGUUGCCUGUAUUAUCACCCUCCCUCUCAACUUGUCACGCAACAAAUUUUGAUGUUGCAAGUUGUGGCAACAUAUUGCGCAAAGUAGACCUGAGUUCUACUUUUUGCAACAAACUUUCAAUUUUAUCAUUUGCAUCACAACUUGCUACACUUCACAACACUUGUGAUGUUGCAAGUUGUGGCAACAUAUUGCGCAAAGUAGACCUGAGUUCUACUUUUUGCAACAAACUUUCAAUUUUAUCAUUUGCAUCACAACUUGCUACACUUCACAACACUUGUGAUUGGUCAAUUUUCCCGCACCAAAAACGUGGGAAAGAUGGUGAGUAAGCGCGCGCUUGACCUUGGGCAUAUCCGAUUUGAGCAAAGUAAACAUGGCCGAGGUUGUGGAGGUUGAGAAUGCUGAGACCCAAGAUUGUGAAUUUAUUAUUGAAAAAAUGUCAGAGGCCCAAAGAAAAGAUUUGUGCAAAGAAUUUGAAAAGCACUCUUGUCUGUGGGAAACUUGUGGACCAGAGUAUAAAAACAAGUCACGGAGGUCAAGAUCUCUGGAUGAGUUUGUCAAAAAUUUAACAUUUCACCAAACUGUCUUAAAAAACAGCUACAUAGCCUUAGAACGGUAUUGACAAGGGAAGUAAAAAAAGAAAUCACAGAAGGUCAACAAGCCAUUUUGUCUGCUGACAAAAAAACACACUGUUGACCAAUCACAACGCAUGAUUUUUUCAAAGAGACGCAACUUGCAACAUCGAAAUUUGUUGCGUGACAAGUUGAGAGGGAAGAUGGUAAUACGGGCAACAGCCCUUUUCAACUUGCAACGCAACGAUGUUGCGCGACAAGUUGUGCGAAAAUGUUGCCCGUAUUACUUGACCUUAAAUAAAGUAUAUAGACACAUGUGUGCAACAAAUGUAGAAAUAAAAAAAUUAUAGAAUGGUGUAAAGGUGUAUGUAUGCAUUAAUAAUGUUAUAAAGUAUGUCUGUUAAGUCUUACAUCCUGUUCAAAACUAAUCCUGAUUAUAAGUUCAGUUGAACAAAAAUAAGUCUUAAGAAAUGAUUUAAAUUUUGUUAAAGUUAGUUUCGCUAGGUAUAUCGUUAUCCUCCACAAAUUAGAUGUGUCUGGAUGUCUUGUCAGAUGAGACAGUAAGUAACCACUAAAUCUUCGCAAUUUUGGUGGUCUCUUUACUAGAGGCUCAUAUGUACUUUUAUGAAAUUACACUGAAUUAUUAGCUUAUAUUGUUUAUUUAUUUUUGUGCUCCUUUCAGAGAAGAGAGUAAAAUUCCAGGUAAUCAACUGGUUGAGUGCCAUGAGUGCCAUUCCCUUUAUCAUCAGGUAAAACAACAUUUAGUUUACACACUUAUAAAAGGUGUAAUAAUUAUUCAUUGUGGUAUGUGUGUGAUAGGCUCAUUUAUCACGUGUCCCACCUUAUUCACUUUGUUCGCAAUAGCUGGCAUCACAGAUGUUAUCCAACCCUGAGUCACAAAGUCUGAGAAACGUGGACCUCUGAUGAACUCAACAAAUUCCUGGAAGUGUAUUUUGAAUUUCCCUUCAAAAUGAUUGAUCAAUCAAAUUAUGCUUUUUUAACGGGCCAAUCAUGGCAGGUACUCCAAUCCUGCCACACAGCUGGGGCCCAGAACAAGGAUUUCGGCCCUUGCUGACAGAUGGACUUAACCAGGGCACAGUUGUUGGAAGGCCGAUUGGCGCUUAACCCAUGGUUAAUUUAACCCGUGUUUCUUUUUCUUUUGUUCAAAAGCAUUUUCUUGGACAAUUUUCUCUGAUAUUCAUAGAGCAUCGAAUCAUCAACUUGUUGACAAAAAGAAUUAAACUGAAUAUUAUUUUGAAGUCAAAUUUUGCACUAACCCUGGGUUAUCUUAACCCAGCUUUGAACAACCUGGCCCAUAGGUUUAUCGUUUUGUCUUUGGUACAGGCUACUCUGUUGUUGAUCACAACAUUUCAAACAUGUGCUAGUGGUCUUCAUCAGGCGAUGGCAUCAAUUUACUAAGCAAGACUUUUAUUAACACCGUGGGUCUUCCCCGUGAUUGCAUCAUUAUGAGCCCUACUUUGAUCCAAAGCAAUGUUGUUAACAAUGCUUUUAUACACUUAUUUGUCAGAGAUGUCAUGAGCCAUGUGUGAUGGACAGUGAAGUAAACGAUCCUAGACAUGUUUGGUAUUGCAGUCAGUGUGUGAGAAGGAUGAGGGAAAUGGUAUGUAUAAUAAAAUAAUUAUUUAUUUCAUCAUUGUCUAUUGGCAUUUAACAUCUCAGUUGAAGACUACCCUGACCUAGAAAACUCUUAGUCUGAAGUGUCACAGACCACUCCCAUGGCUUCCCCUUGAAGGACAGCAGCAAGGAGACAGCUUACACUUCAGAUUAGAUCGCUUACUGGGCUAGCAGAAAUUAGACAGAAACUUUCGGAGUUUUAGGAACCUGUAGUAAAUUAGGGUCUGUCAAAUUAUUGGAAUAAUGGCCAUUUCAUAGACAGUUUUCUGUCAGCUUAUUGUGCUUGUAUGUAAUCAAUUUGCAUGGUAUUCACAGGCAAGUAGUGCAUCUCCUAAGUCCCGGCCUACGGAAUCAGCAGUAUCAAGUAAACCACAUGUACCUCUCAGCAGACCCACCCCAAUGACUUCAUUCAAACGGCCAUCCAUCAGUGAGAUAAAGGUAUCUUUUGUUAGACUGUGAGCAGUCUUCUUUUCAAAGUUAUUCAACAAGUAACCCAUGCAGGUGAGCGACGAGUCAUGAUAAACGAGGGCAUAUGCCCGAAAAGAAAAAUAAGUGACUGCUGAAUCUUUUGUUUGGUCUUUGGAUUUCGAAGCUGUCAAGGUCAUUUUAGUAACCAAUUAAACCCAAGUAACUUGAACCAUUUUAUAUACAGAACAUACACAAUUAAUAAAUUAUACUUUUUUUGAUUCCUCUAAGAUUGCCAGCAGUUUCCUUCUGUUCUUCAAAAGGAAGAUAUCCUUAAAUGUUUUAGCUUAUAUGUGGCUACUGCUUGGUUUGUCAUUAUUCACAGUUAGUUACGGCGGACCUGUCUGUUCGUGACUAUUUCUCACACCAAACAUAUAUACCCACAGACAUGUCAAUGAUCUGUCAACAGUAGUAAAAUUGGCUACUUGUUUCUGGGUUGCCAGAGGGUUUGUUUACUACAUUUCCAGGCCAUCUUUUCUUGUCUCGUCGCAAUCCCUUUUCUGUAAUGGUAUUGUUUGCAAAUGCCCUGGCUGGAAUAAGAACUCAAGAGGUUUGAAAAGAAAAGGCAUACUGCAAGCAGUCUAUUUUUUUUACAUCUCAGCGUUUUGUUUAAAAGCAAAUUAUUGAUCCUGUUGGAUUUCUCCAUAACUGUUGUUAACUUCAAUACCACCCAAUGCCAACCUUUUGAGAUAAUCUAGAGACUGUCUUUGCAGGCUAAGAGAUUGAGAAUGUCACUGGGAAAUGGUAUGCAGUUCGCAGAGGAAACGUGUGAAAAUUUUCAAUGUGUACUUUCUUCAUUUCAGCCUAGUCCAUCCCCAACCACACAUCAGUCAUUUGCCAUCCCAGCUCUCAGUUCAAAUACAGCCCUAUCUUCAUCAUCAACAGCAACAAGCAAGCCAUCAACAAGCACUGGAUCUUCCUCUUCACAGAAUGUUGCCAUGCAGUCACUAGCUUUGAAAAGGUUACAGAUGGUCAAGAAAAAGGCUCAGCAAAGGGUGUUUAAUCAUCAACAGAUUAGGAUUCCACGCAGAUAAAAACUGAAAAGAGCGUUUUUGUGCUCUGUCCUUUUAUUUUACAAAAUAUACAUGCUCUGGUUUAAUUCUCACAUGAGGACACUCUUUGGAACAGAGAAUCUGUCAGAUUCUAUAAAUUUCAAAAAUCAUUCCACACUGCUUGUCAUGGGCUAGUUUGAUUUUGUCCAGAACUAGGAAAACUGUUUGAAAAAGGACAGUAUGUGAAUCAGAUAUUUUACAUGUUUUUGCCUAAACUAUGCUUUAAUAAGCGCCAUUGAGCUCAUGGAAAUGGCGCUAUAUAAAUUCUUGUAUUAUUGUAAUACAGCAGUAAGCUUGCCAAAUGUACAAAAUGGCCCUUAAAUAAACUCUUGUUCUCCAAGGUGGUAGCAAAAAUCAUAAAAUCAGCAAGUGUUUUUUGAGCACUAUUUGACGGUGGUUGGUCC